AGCCCCCCCCCCCCGCAGCGGCUGCAGCUGCUGUAAUGAAGCGCGAGCGCGGCAACGGCGGGAGGUAUACCGCGCGCAGGCGGAGAGGAGCGGCAGCUGGCGGCAUCAGCUUCGUGGACAUGAUUGAUAACCUGCGUGGGAAGUCUGGCCAGGGGUACUACGUAGAGAUGGCCGUGGGCUCUCCUCCCCAGAAGUUGAACAUCCUGGUGGAUACAGGAAGCAGUAACUUUGCUGUUGGAGCAGCUGCUCAUCCCUUCCUACGCAGAUACUACCAUCGCUCUCUUUCUAGCUCAUACCGUGACCUCGGCAGGAGCGUGUACGUUGCCUACAGCCAGGGUCGCUGGGGAGGGGGGCUAAUCUCUGUCCCACAUGGCCCCAAUGCCACGCUGCGAGCCAACAUCGCAGCAAUCACCCAGUCAGAUCGCUUCUUCAUCAACGGAUCUAACUGGGAGGGAAUCCUGGGACUGGCAUAUGCUGAUAUAGCCCGACCUGAUGAGACAUUGGAGCCUUUCUUUGACUCCCUGGUUCGACAGACUCCUGUCCCCAACUUCUUUUCUCUCCAGCUGUGCGGAGCUGGCUUCACUCAAAACUACUCCCUGGGCAGCGCUACUGUUGGCGGCAGCAUGAUCAUCGGAGGAGUCGACCCGUCAUUGUACGUUGGAGAGCUCUGGUACACUCCCAUUCGCAGAGAAUGGUACUAUGAGGUCAUUAUCGUACGUAUUGAGGUGAAUGGUCAGGAUCUCAACAUGGACUGUAAAGAGUAUAACUACGAUAAGAGCAUUGUGGACAGUGGCACUACCAACCUUCGACUGCCUAGAAAAGUCUUCCAGGCUGCAGUCAAGGCCAUUGAGGCAGCAUCUUCAACAGAACAGUUUCCCUCUGGGUUCUGGCUGGGGGAGCAGCUAGUAUGUUGGCAGGCCGGCACUACACCUUGGCACAUUUUCCCAGUCAUCUCCCUCUACCUAAUGAGUGAAAACCGCAACCAGUCCUUUAGAAUCUCCAUCUUGCCCCAGCAAUACCUACGGCCAGUAGAGGAUGUGGCCUCUGCCCAGGAGGAUUGCUAUAAAUUUGCUGUGUCCCAGUCUAGCACUGGCACAGUGAUGGGGGCUGUCAUAAUGGAGGGCUUCUACGUAGUCUUUGACCGGGAGAAGAAACGAAUUGGCUUUGCUGUUAGCACUUGCCAUGUGCACGAUGAGUUUCGCACAGCCUCAGUGGAAGGCCCAUUCCAUGGUGUCGACCUGGAGGACUGUGGCUACAACAUCCCCCAGACAGACGAGUCCACUCUUAUGACCAUCGCCUACAUCAUGGCGGGUAUAUGUGCGCUCUUCAUGCUGCCACUGUGUCUCAUGGUGUGCCAGUGGCGCUUCGCCCGCUGCAUCCACCCACAUGGGGACUUUGCUGAUGACAUAUCACUCUUAAAGUGAACUUGAAGAAGAAGGGAGACAAAAGGAAUCAUAGAGAUCGGCGUUUGAAACACAGGAAAAGAUAGAUUGUGGUAACAGGAAUGUAUAAUGUUAUGUAUAAUGCUGCUAAAAGAGAGUUUUGAACAUGUUUUUUCAGGAUUAUAAAGCAUAGUGAAAAUGCUGACAUACAGUGAAUACACAGUGAGUAGUGCUGCCCUAGAAAUGAGAGCAUGUGAGGAUAAUUAGAGCAACUGCUAAAAACGAGAAAGUUGGUGCCAUCAGUGUCAACUUGCCUGUUUAAGCUAUCUAUGCAGAUCAACACGGUUAGAGGAACAGAGAUGUGUGAAUAAAGUCAAAUGCAAAACAAAAAUUCUUCUUUGUUAUAAAUAGUGUAAACACAGACCACAGAACAAGACUGGAUUUGCAGAGUUUAAAGAUUAAGGUCUCUUAACAAUGCACAGUUCCACACAGAGUGAUCGGAGAUUUGGGGAAAAUUGAAGAGCAAACAGAUCAUUUUACAAACAUAGUGCAAUGAAGAAACUCACAACCUGGAUGUGAAUACAAGAUGUGAGACCAUCAUGUUGCCAGAUGUGCUUUGCUAUGGUGUGAUCUGAACAAAUGAACAUGUGGUUACAAGUGUAUUUAUAGAUGUUCUGUUUGUGGCUUAUGACUGAAUGAAACAAGUUUGAUAUGCGUGAGCAUGCCUGUAUGUGUGCAUAGCUGUAUUGUAAGUGGAGAGUAUACAGAAAGAUUUAAUGAAAAUGAUACCUAUGGAAAUGAAAUAUGGUAUUAGCGUAUAUGAAAUUACACUAUUUUGCAAAUGCCAGCAAAUCAUUUUGCAGUGCAAAUCAAGUUAGAAUACAGAGGCCAUUUUCAUGAAAUAUCAGAUUAUUACAGCGUUUUACUGUAUAAAAUCAGUUUUGCGUAGUGUGAAACUGAGACUACUGAACACAGUCAACAUCAGGUGUCACUUGUUCCCUCUUAUACUGAUAACUUAAAUCUAUUGUAUAUAAACAUUGUCCUAUUCUGAUCUUCUGUUUACGCAGGCACAUGCACAGAAUACACAUUGCUUAUCUGACUGUUGCACCAUUUGAUGAUUUGCACAACAAAGACUUAAUAGGGCUUCUUUCAUAGAAACACAAACAGCCUAACUCACCACAUCUUUUAAUGGGGACCAUAUAUGCUUCACUAAGGAAACCAGCCCAAAGUAUGUUAUACACUAAAGAACAGUAUGUAUAUCGACAAGGGACAGUUUAUAUUGUCUCAGCAAGAUAUAAAUAAAUAAACUUAGAACUGUAUAUUUAUCCGUCAGGCCCUGGCAGCACUGUUGAACCAAUAAAGCACCUAUUGUAACA